AACCUGUAUGGGAAAGUCCAUUACAAUUUAAGAAUACCCAUGUUUCCCUUUUUCUCUCAUUGCAGUGGGGAAGAAAUUCUCUGCAGGUGGCAGCCAUCCUUGACUCCGGGGCAAGUAGCUGCUUUUUGGACUCAUCUUUUGCUAGAACCCACAGCAUACCUCUGCAUGUCAAGCCCCAACCAGUCUUUAUUAGAAUGGCGGACGGAUCACCCUUGGGCUCUGGGCCUGUUUUGAGAGAGACUCUACCACUAAAUGUCUCAAUAAAUAAUUCACAUUUCGAACUUAUGUGUUUUGAUGUUGUGUCUUCUCCACUUUUCCCUGUCAUAAUUGGUCUACCCUGGUUGAAGGUACAUAACCCACUUAUUGACUGGUCCCAAGGGUCUUUAUCCUUUUCCUCUCCUUUUUGUCGUAGGAAUUGUCUCCGUAAGCAUUCAUCAAUGUUUCCUCAAGCGGUAGCUUGUACCACUGAAGAGAAAUCAAAACUCUUAUCCUUAGUUCCAGUGGUUUAUCACGAAUUUUUGGACAUCUUCAAUGAGAGACAAGCGGAUAUUCUUCCCCCUCAUAGGCCCUACGAUUGCCCUAUUGACUUGUUGCCUGGGGCACCAAUCCCUUUCGGGCGAAUUUAUCCACUCGCUGAGCGGGAGCUCACCGUUCUUCAAGAAUACAUUGAAGAGAAUCUCAGGAAAGGGUUCAUCAGGCAUCCCACUUCUCCGGCAGGGGCGGGAAUCUUCUUUGUGGAGAAAAAAGAUCACUCACUUCGCCCCUGCAUUGAUUACAGGGACUUAAAUAAGAGUACCAUUAAAAAUCGUUAUCCUCUCCCUCUGAUCCACGAACUUUUCCAAAGACUCCGUUCCGCUACUAUUUUUUCUAAGUUGGAUCUCAAGGGGGCUUAUAACUUGAUCCGGGUUAGAGAGGGUGACGAGUGGAAGACCGCUUUUCGUACACGCUACGGUCACUAUGAAUAUCUCGUCAUGCCUUUCGGCUUAUGUAACGCUCCUGCAACCUUUCAACAUUUUAUUAAUGAUAUUUUUUGUGAUAUUCUGGAUGUGUUUGUGGUGGCCUAUUUGGACGAUAUCCUUGUCUAUUCCACUUCCCUGGAGGAGCAUCGGAAACACAUGAAGGAGGUGUUUUCUCGCUUACGGUUGCACAACCUAGUUGUCAAAGCCGAGAAGUGCGAAUUCGAAAGAGACAACAUUGAAUUCUUGGGGUUUGUCAUUUCUACCAAGGGAAUAGUGAUGGAUUCUAAGAAGGUUUCUGCAAUUCUUGAUUGGCCUACACCAAAGGACCGCAAGGCGGUACAAAGGUUUGUGGGAUUCGCUAACUUUUAUCGCAAGUUUAUUCGAAAUUUUUCUGAAGUUAUUAGACCCAUUACUGACUUAACCAAACAAAAGGUUAAAUUUAAUUGGUCUCCUCAAGCCCAGCGUGCUUUUGAUAAGUUAAAAGAGAAUUUCACCUCAGUUCCUAUUUUGGCUCACCCGGUGCCCUCCCAACCCUUUACCCUGGAAGUGGAUGCUUCCGAAUGCGCGGUGGGAGCGGUCCUCUCUCAACGCUCUGUGCCUCAAGGCCUUUUACACCCAGUGGCCUUUUUCUCUAGGAAACUUUCAAAGACCGAACAGAAUUAUGAUGUCGCUGACAGGGAGUUAUUGGCGAUCAAAUUGGCCUUGGAAGAAUGGAGACAUUUGUUAGAAGGAGCUGCUCAUCCCAUCUUGGUACUCACGGAUCAUAAGAAUCUAGAAUAUCUUCGCUCUGCUAAGAGGCUAAGACCCAGACAAGCUCGUUGGGCUUUGUUUUUCUCUAGAUUCCAGCUCCAUAUCACGUAUCGUCCAGGCUCUCGAAACACCAAGGCUGAUGCUCUGUCACGAAUGUACUCAUCUGAUGCCUCUUUUGUUACAGAUCCCGCUCCUAUUCUUCAGCCCAGCAGUUUUUUACUUAUGCAACCUUCUUUAUUGCACAAGAUCAGGCAGCACUAUAAUUCGGACGUUGCAGAUACAAUGCUUAAUCUACAGGACGGCUUUUACUUUUUCAAGAACAGACUCUUUGUUCCAGUCGAGGCAAGAUUAGAUGCUUUAAAGAGUGUCCAUGACUCUCCACUGGCCGGGCAUUUAGGUCUAAGAAAGACUUUGGAUUUACUCCGCCGCCAUUUUUGGUGGCCUAAGUUGGGCAGCGAUUGCGCUAGAUUUGUCCGCUCCUGUGAAGUAUGUGCCAAGUGUAAGGGGACAACCUCUAAACCCCUGGGGCUUCUUUAUCCUUUACCUGUUCCAGAUCGCCCAUGGGUGUCCAUCUCUAUGGAUUUUAUCACCGACCUACCUGCUUCAGAAGGAUUUUCUGCUAUCCUGGUUGUUGUGGAUCGUCUUACCAAAUUGGCCCAUUUCAUUCCUCUCUCUGGUGUUCCAUCUGCUUCCAUUCUGGCCAAAGUUUUUAUUAAAGAAAUUGUCCGUUUACACGGUUUACCUGAAGAUAUCAUUUCUGACCGUGGAGUACAGUUUACUUCUAAAUUCUGGCGAGCAUUGUGCAAGGGAUUACAAAUUUGCUUGUCUUUUUCCUCGGGCUAUCAUCCACAAACUAACGGGCAGACGGAGAGAACUAAUCAAACUUUGGAACAGUACUUAAGGUGUUUCUCCUGUUUCCUUCAAGAUAAUUGGGCUUCGCUACUUGCAAUGGCAGAAUUUGCCUAUAAUAACUCCAUUCAUGCAUCCACCAAACAGACUCCAUUCUUUUCCAACCUUGGUUUUCAUCCAAUCAUGAUCCCUGGGAUUCCCCAAGAUGUAUCUGUUCCUGCAGCCCAAGACAGACUUACCUUUCUAGCUUCAAACCUGACUACUCUUCACCAAAAUUUACUUAAAGCCCAAUCAAAUUUUAAGUUUUUUGCAGAUAAGAAGAGGAAUCCAGAUCCAGAAUUUGAAGUUGGGGACAUGGUGUGGCUUUCUACGUUAAAUUUAAGACUUACUUGUCCCUCUAAGAAGCUUGCUCAACGUUUUAUUGGGCCUUUCGAGAUCCUGCAGAGGAUCAAUCCAGUUUCUUUUAAACUUCUGCUUCCUAGGACCUUGCGCAUUCACCCAGUUUUUCAUGCAGCGCCUCUUAAACGUUUUGUGCCGAGUCAGUUUCCUGGGCGAGGACCUCUUUUACCGGAUCCUGUGGUUAUCUCAGAUCACGACGAAUAUGAGGUGGAAUCAAUUGUGGAUUCUAAAUCAAGACGUGGGGAAGUGCAGUACCUUAUUAAAUGGAAGGGGUUUGGUCCAGAAGAGAAUUCCUGGGAACCAGCCUCUAAUGUUAAUGCUCCCAAACUGGUAAGGGCUUUUCAUCAAAGAUUUCCAGACAAGCCGGUUCAUAUUCACGUCCGGAGGCCGUUUCUAAGGGGGGGGCAAUGUCAAGAUCGUACCUGUCCUGCUCCAGCAGCGCGCCGGUUCUCCUCGCGUCGAUCCAAGAUGGCGGUGCGUUCCAGCAUGCGUUCCAGCAUGCGUUCCAGCGUGCGUUCCAGCGUGCGCAUGCGCAAAUAG